AGCCAAGAGCUAGAAGAUCCUGGUGGCUCCCGCACGGCUGCGGGCGUGCCAGCGAAGCAUUCUGCUGGGAGCACGCACCGCCCGGGUUGCAACUUCAGGCCAAAAGGGAGCGGGCUCGUGCGCUUUGUUACGACUCCCGCCCGAUGAUUCAGCUUCGCUGCUGUCCUAACGGCGUCGCGUGUGACCCCCGAAGGCUGUGGGCCUCGCUGCGCCGGGAAUUCUCAAUGAGGACCAGGCACCGGACAUGAAGGUGGCCUGGAGUGGGCAGGGAAGGUGGAAUGUCGAAUUUCUACCCGGUGAGGUUGCAGACUUGUCCCGGUUCUCCACGGGGCUUGUGGAUCCAGUCCCUGAAAGAAACCUCCUCUACGAGCUUUGGAAAAAGAUGCACUUGUUCCGCAGCUGCAGCUAUCGGAUCCAGCUGGAGGGGCAGAUGCCCAGUGCCCCAAGGAUCCAGGGCAUCCGAUGGACUCCUCUUCCAGAGAGCGAAUCAGCCCUGGUGCCUGGCCACAACCUGAAGCAGGCUUCGUCCAACAAAAUCCGGAGAGCAGGAAGGCUCCUCUGCGCACACUUGGUAGUCAUGUACCCAGACAUAAUCCGCGAUCAUAAGCAUCACCUCCGGCUUUACAGGCAGUGUUGUUCUGGGAAGGAGCUGGUAGAUGCACUCCUUAGUGCAGGCCUUUCAGUGCAGACCCGCAGCCAGGCCCUUGGGCUUUGUCAGGUGUUGAUGGAUGAAGGGGUGCUGGCUCAUGUACGACAGGAGAGCUACUUUCAAGAUCGAGAUGCUCAGUUCUUCCGAUUUGUGGCCUUGGAACCAAGUGCUGAAGACAGGGAUGGGGAGGAACUACUGGAGGCGUUGGCAUUGCUGACCCAGCUGGGCCCUACUGCAUUGCUCACCACCAUCCUACGCAAACCUCCUAACCAACGCACAGAUGAGGAACUUGCACUGAUCUUUGAGGAGUUACUGCAUGUCAAAGCUGUAGCCCAUCUCUCCAGCUCGGUGAAGAGAGAGUUGGCUGCUGUAUUGCUCUUUGAGUCCCAUGCCAAGGCUGGAACUGUGUUGUUCAGCCAAGGGGACAAGGGCACGUCCUGGUACAUCAUUUGGAAGGGAUCAGUCAAUGUUGUUACACAUGAUAAGGGCUUAGUGUCCACCCUGCAUGAGGGCGAUGACUUUGGUCAGCUGGCACUCGUGAACGAUGCCCCCCGUGCUGCCACCAUCAUCCUCCGUGAAGACAGUUGCCACUUCUUGCGAGUGGACAAAAGGGAUUUCAACCGGAUUCUCAAGGAUGUUGAAGCUAACACCCUACGGCUGAAGGAACAUGGGAAAGUGGUGCUUGUUUUAGAGAAGAAUUCACAAGGCAGUAAUUCCAGUCACCUUCCUGGGACUCCAGGGAGCAGUAGAUAUUCAGUAAUGGCUGGGACCCCUGAAAAAAUACUUGAUUAUCUAUUGGAAACCAUGCGUUCAGACUCUACACUCUCUGAUCCUGUUGAUACGUUUCUGGGAGAUUUUCUCCUGAUGUACAGUGUGUUCAUGCCGACACCACAGCUGUGCAGAACUCUGCUCCAACGCUUCCAUUCGGAACCUUCUGAGGGCUCGGAGCAGGACAAAGCUGCUUAUAUCCUGGGGAAAAGGCAAAAGAUCCUGUGGCUGGUCAACCAGUGGGUGUCACUUUAUGGACGGCUGUUGCAAGCGGAGACCUGUGCUGUGGCCUUUUUGCAGACUUUGUCAGAAUGCGCAACUCAGGAUGCUCGUUUGGGCCCCCUGCUUCGAGAACAAAUACAGGAUCACCGGAGAAAUCGAGUGAUAGAAAAUGGCAGCAACUGUGCAUCUCCAAAGCUACAGACCAGGAAUGUUGUGAACUGGUUUGCCAGCCAAGAAGAACCUUUUCUGAACAGCAGUUACACCAUCCGAAUUAAGGACAAAGUUUCAUAUGACAUAUACAGACCAGACUCUUCCUGCCUUACCACAUUGUUACAGGUGAAUGCCUUAGUGCAGGAAGUCCUUGCAUCAUUAGCAGACUGUCAGGACUGGAACAAAGACUGGAUCCUAGUCAAGGUCAAUUCAGCAGGAGAUAAAGUUGUAUUGCCCAUGGAAGCUUUCGGUGUGUUUACAUCUCUGGGGUUGAACGAGAGACUUUUUGCUGUCAGUGUUCAAGAGCUUCACAACUUGGCUCCUCACCCUGAACAGCUUGGCCCCAGUAUUGGUUCCUGGGAAAGUUUGGAUUUCAUUAGUUCAAAGGACCUGGCUAAUCAGUUCACUGAGCAUGACUGGAACCUCUUCAAAAGCAUCCAUCAGGUGGAGUUGAUUUACUACGUUGUUGGGCCACAGAAGUUUCCCAGUGCAACCACAGCCAAUGUGGAGCGUUUCCUGCGUCGUUUCAAUGAGCUGCAGUUCUGGGUCACCACUGAGCUCUGCCUUUGUCCUGACGUUAUCAAGAGAGCCCAGCUGCUCCGCAAAUUCAUCAAGCUGGCUGCACACCUAAAAGACCAAAAGAACCUGAAUUCCUUCUUUGCCGUGAUGUUUGGCCUGAGCCACUCUGCCAUCAGCCGCCUUUCUAGGACAUGGGAGAAGCUUCCGCACAAGACGAGAAAGCUGUAUGGCACUAUGGAACGAAUGUUGGAUCCUUCUUGGAAUCACCGUGUUUAUAGGCUGGCUGUGGCUAAACUAUCUCCACCCAUGAUCCCUUUUAUGCCCCUCCUUCUUAAAGAUAUGACCUUCAUUCAUGAGGGCAACCGUACCUUGGUGGAGAACCUUGUCAACUUUGAGAAGCUGCGCAUGAUGGCCAAAGCUGUUCGCCUUGUGCAUCACUGCCGGAGUCAUCCCAGCCUUCCCCUCUCUCCCUUGCGGAGUCGCCCCCAGCACCUCUUGGAAGAAGCUCGGGCAAUGCGCGCCUCAACCUGCUCAGAACAGUCCCUCAGUACUCGAAGCCCAGCUGCAACCUGGGCCUACAUCCAGCACCUGAGAGUGAUUGACAGACAGAAGGAACUUUUGCGGCUCUCACGAGACCUUGAAUCCUGAUGCUGGAAGAUUGCCAAGCAAGGACACAAAAGCUUGCCAAGGACUGUUUGGGAAGGUAUCUUCUUGUGGGUUAGGCCAGCCGCCCUCACAAGUGGCCAGAGGAGGAUCCCAGGCAGAUGGGAAAGUUGUUCAUACUCUUGAUGACCCAUUUGAUCUCUGCCCUGAUGCUGGAAAAGUAGGCGUCAACUCUGCGGAGCCUGAGGAAGGAUGUGUGUCCUGCCACCUUUGAUGGUUUUACAGGCUGUGAAAUUUCUGGCAUGAAAAAAGGCUGCUUUAUGGAUCACUUUGGGCUGCCUUACUGGGAAAGGAGCAAACACUCCCAUUUAUCAGUUAUCAGUGUUCAACAGAAAUGUGGGUUUUUUUUAAAAAAAAAGAAAUGGGAAGAUUUGCUUUGGUGUGUCUGAUGGAUUGUUAUUUUCUGUCUAGGAGUUCUCUCUCUUCAUCCUUUUCCUUGCUGCUAAAUACUGCCAAGUUUAAAUAGGAUUCUUUUAAAACAUGUGAAUGGAGCCAUCUCCAUCUCUCCAGUUGAAUUGAUUGAACUAAUCCACAGAAUAUACUGAUGUAUUUAUUUAUUCAUUAAAUGUAUAUCCUGCUUUCCUGCUGGAGCUCAAGCAGAGUACACAGCAUUUCCCACUCCAAGUUUUUCCUUACAGGCAAUAAUCCUCUGAGGUAAGCUGGACUAGGAGGUAGUGGCUGGCCUAUCAGUUUCUGUGGCAUCUGAUGGACUCAGAGCUGGGUCCUUCUGUCCUAGUCUGGCGCCUUCACUGCACUGAGACAUCACAUCUCUUUUGUAUAUGAUGUGAGUGGGCAACCUGCUAGAAAUGGGAUGCACUACAGGGUUGCAGAAGAUAAAUGGGAUGCUUCUUAGAGUUCAUGCAAGCUGCUCUUCACGCCAAUUUCAGGGUUGCCCAUAAGAAUUUGUGGACUUGCAAGCAGCUUCUGUUGCAGGGACAGGUAGGUGUGCAGCACCUGAUUCAAGCAUCCUUGUUUCUGCCCUCCUUAUAUUGCCACGGAGGCAAGAGCAGGGCUGGUUUCAGAGGGUUGUAAUAUACGGAGCUGCCCCCCGCCCCCAAAUGGAGAGCCUUUAAGCAGAUGGCAGGCUGAAGGAGAUUAGAGGUCAGUGAGGGUCCAAACAUAAAGAAGUUAUGGCUGUCUGCUUCUGUUUCUCCACCAAGUGAGUGCCUCAGUUUGCCUGAGGCUGACAGGGUUUUUGGUAGGCAAGUCCCCCGCUAGGCUAAUGUGACUUUCUGUCAACCAAUGAGCUAAAGGGGUUUUCAGGUGGGGCAGUCUACCCCUUAACUAAUGCAACUCUGUUAACACAAGGGACUUCCAGGGGGACCAGAUCUUCUCACAGGCUCCUACAACUCUGGAUUAGCCAGCAUGUAGACUGAGCCAAAGGGAUUUUUGAGUGGCCAACUCUACCCCUUGUUUAAUGCAGUUCCCCGUUAGCCAAUUGGUAUAUUAGGUAGAUAGGACUUUUUUGAGGCUGGUGGUGGUGGUGGCAGCAGCGGUGGCAAGCUGGGGGUGGCGUGGCAAGCUAGAGGCUAAAACAGCUCUGUGUGAGCCAAUGGACAGACUGGGCCAACAGGGUCAUUCUCCUAACAAGGAUUUUACUGCAUGGUGACUUUUGUGUACAGUAUGUUUUUCUAGAUUAUCUUUUAUUUUUUUAUUCUGAUUUUGUAGGUAUUCCAUUUUGAAAAUACAAUUUUAACAUCUC